AUGAACAUUCUGCACCAUAAAAGAGAACAUAGACUAUCUAUGCUUCGUGAACGUGCAAAACAAAAACAAAAUGAGUUAACAAUUUUAAAUUCUGUCACGGGUAAUGAUUCAUCAGUAGAACUGGAAACAGAAAAAAUUGAAAAUGCAGAUAAUGUAGAAAUCAGUGAUGGACAUAUUAAUUUUUGGGCAGAUUUAGAAAAGCAAUCAACACAAGUUGUUAAAACCAAUGAAGAGUAUGAAGCAGAAAAAAAGGCAAAAGAAAAAAAAUCAGAGAGACAAUUUACAAUGUAUUUAGAUGAAGUAAAAGUUAGGAUUCGAGGAAAAGGAUUUGGUCAAAGAAGACAAAAAGAGUAUCAAGAGUCAAACUUGGAUAAAUUAUCGAAAAAGAAACCAAAGGGCCAGGCAAGAAUCAAAACAAAAUCGGCAUCAAAGAACAAUAAUAAUGAGGCGUCUGACAUUGAAAAAUUACGUGAAAAAAGAUUGGAAAGAGAAAAAAGGGAAAAACUACGUGCUCAAAGAUUAUUGAAUCCUGAUAUGAUUGAAGAAGACGACAAAACGCCAAAUAAACCAAAUAAACGAUAUUACUCACAAUAUAAUCCAAACGAGACUAAAACUGCUCAUGACCAUUGGGUAAAAAGAAGCAGGAAUGAACAGUAUAAUGUUGAAUCCACGCGAACUACAAAUAAUAAUAAUAAAAGACAGGGUUUUUAA